GAUUGCAGUGGUAAUUGAUUAAUUAAUAGUCAUUAGUCAAAACCAUGGCCUUGUCUCACAUAGUAUCAAUAAUGUUUAAUUAAACACGCUUUUAAAACACUAACUGGUCCCCACCAAACUGCCGCAAAAGUCCAUCUAGUUCAUGACUUUCAGCUAACCUCACACCCCCGUCACCCUAAUGCUGUCACAUCCAACCAAUACUUUACUUCCACGUGUAAUAUAACCAAUGAGUUCACGCCAAAAACCACAAACACUAUCGUGUCACGUUAGCACUUCCCAAAACCACCACCGUGAUAAAACAGUCCUCUCCAUUUCUCUACUCAACAUCCAUCCGAACCAACUCGAAGAUAUUAUUUUUCAUGGAUUGAGCAAAGAAGAGGACGAUAAUUUCGAAAAUAUCGCGAUACAAUGGACAAGUUCUCGUACAAUUCGUAUCCAGAUUCAGCUGAAUCGUCGCCAAGAUCUCGCGAUGUCGAAUUUGAAAAUCCGUCGCCAUGGGAGGACCAGCAGCAGCAGAACUACAAGGUGAAGCUCAUGUGCAGCUAUGGCGGCAAGAUCCAGCCUCGUCCACACGAUAACCAGCUUACUUAUGUAAACGGCGAUACCAAAAUCAUGUCGGUCGAUCGUGGUAUCAGAUUUCCGGCUUUAGUAUCGAAGCUCUCCGCCGUCUGCAGCGGUGGUGGUGAUGGAGGAGAAAUCUCGUUCAAGUAUCAGCUUCCAGGUGAAGAUCUAGAUGCGUUGAUUUCGGUGACUAAUGAUGAGGAUCUGGAGCACAUGAUGCAUGAGUACGAUCGGUUGCUUCGUUUGUCUACUAAACCAGCUAGGAUGCGUUUGUUUCUCUUCCCGUCUUCUCCCAUUUCCGGCGGAUUUGGCUCCGAAGGUUCGACUAAAUCGGAUCGGGAUACGCUUAAUCCAAUCCCUAGCCGACCUGAAUCGGAGAAAUCUGUAACCGCUCCUCCGAAUAAUGCUGAUUUCUUGUUUGGAUCGGAGAAAGUAGCUCCAAUUCCGCCGUCGCCAGUGAAGGUUCCUCAACCGGUACCGGAACCAGUGGUGCUUGAACCGCCGCAGAUGUUCGUAGAUCAACGGAUGUUACAACCGGAACACGGCGUAAAUCCGGCGGAGAUUCAAAGACAAAUCCAGGAAUUUCAGAUGAUUCAAAUCAGAGACCAAGAGCAACAAAUGCUUCAUCAGAAUCAGCUACAUCAACAACAACAACAACAAGAGGCUAUACAUCAAAAUCAGCUUCAUCACCAACAAGAGGUUAUACAUCAGAAUCAGCUGCUUCAACAAGAGGCUAUACAUCAGAAUCAGAUGCUUCAACAACAACAACAACAAGAGGCUAUGUACAGAAGAAAAACCGAAGACGAAGCCGGAAGAUACUUCCCUCCCACAUACACUCAAAAUCCGGCGCCGGUGACGAAUCAACAACCUCCGGUUGGCUACUGGCAAGGAAACACCAACAACAGUAAUAUUCAGGGGAAUAUCUACACAACAACGUCACAGAAUCUACCGGAGCAACAACAACAACAACAACAAGUAUACAUGAUUCCAGCUCAAUCUCAAGCUCCAGGGACAUUAUACCAAAGCGUCAUGAGACCAACGGUACAAGGAAACCAAGGUUAUUACCCAUCACCUGUUCAGCGACUUCAUCAUCCUGAUGCAUACAUGGAACAGCAGAACCAGCCAGGUUACAACGUGGUUCAACCACAGCCAACGUUUUCAGGUGGUCCACAAGUUAUGACUAGUGUUGGUCCGCAAGUUAUGACUAGUGUCGGUCCUCCAAUGGGGUUACAGGAACCUUAUUCACAGAUGGGGAAGCCUGUGUACUAUACGGUGGCUGGAGAAGGCAUGAUGGUUCAACCGCCACCAGCCCAGCCUCAGCAGCAGCAGCAGCAGUACCAGGGAAUGGGUCAACCGGUUAGUGGCAUGACCGAUCUCAGAACCGGACCGGAUGGGAAAGUGGCGGUUAACAUGGCUGCACCACAAGUUUCAGAUUCGGUGUGAGUGUGAGAUUGAGUUAACAUUGAGGUUAAUGUUAUGAUUAUCCAUUUCUUUAAACUUUAUGAUAUAUGUGUAAAAGUGUUUUUUUAGAUCAAACUAGGAAUCUGGAUUUCUGAUGAAUCAAUUGAAGCACUUUUGAUGUUUUUAUUUUAUUUUAUUUUGGUAAACUUCUUUCAGAGUUCUGUUUUUUUAACUUUUGAAGUAUGCUUUUGGACCUUUUCGUCUCCUGUCUAUUGUUAUGCAUCUAUUUAGUGGUGUAUAAAGAAUAUUAUCCAAUUUCAUAUUCAUUAAAAGAGUUACGUUUAUGUAUCU